UGUUAUUGUUCUUCACUGGUUAGUACGAGAUUACAGCGAACGUCUUUAAAGAAACCGCAUGGCAGCGGAGGUUUGGACUCAAAGUUUUCCUUCUCCUAGCCAACCAAGGCUAACAAGCCCCUCCUAUCCAAAGCUUACUGGUUUAGGCGCCAGUUGCUCGCCUUUGCCCUGCCGGGCUCAGUAUCUGAACCACACAUGAAGGCCAGGAGUUGGACUGGUUGUCAAAGGCUAUUUGAGAUGUGUGCCAUUGGAAGCAUUUAAUAGGAAAACCAAAGAAUAGGAAAGAUAAAAUACUCUUAUGCAGUAACCACUAUUACAUCUCAGAGCGUAAGUCACCCAUUGGUGACAACAAUAUAAUUCUAAUGAAAUCAAGGAAAGAGAAGUACACAUGUUCAACUUGUGGUAAACAAUAUGUCAAUAAAACAAGUUUAUACCGACAUAGCCUUAGUCAUAUUGAACCCAAACCAUACAAAUGCGUUUUGUGCAAUAAAAGAUUAUCUUCCCCUAACUCCUUACAACCACAUAUGGUUCGACAUGUCGGAUUGGAACAGCAUAAAUGUCUCAUUUGCCAGAGACGAUUUGCUUCCAAAUAUAGCUUAAAAGAGCAUUCCUCUAUUCAUGCAGAUAAAAAAAAAUACAAGUGCCUCCUUUGCAACAAGGGGUUAUCUAAGUUUUACAAUUACAAGCAACAUAAUCUUAUUCAUAUUGAGAGAACUUUAAAUCAUUCUGGAUUAACAGGAGAAGAAAGUUUUGAAUGUCUGGUUUGUAAAAAAGUCUUUAAUAGUCACGUGGCAUUCAAGCGUCACAACCGGAUACAUGGAGAAAAAGCGUUCAAAUGCUUAAUAUGUAGUAGAGAAUUUCAUGAAAAUUGGAAACUUAUAAGGCACGGAAUAAUUCAUGAAAAAAAAACUUACCAGUGCUGUAUUUGUGACAAAGUUUUUUGCAGUCCUUGGGAUUUAAGAUCCCAUAAAUUAAACCAUAUGGAUCUUUUGUCAUCAUUUUUCACAAGAGAAGAUUGCUUUAAAUGUUUUGUUUGCUAUAAAGAUUUUGCCUCGUUAGCUAAUCUAAAACAACAUAAUCUAAUCCAUUCGUACGAAAAACCAGUGAAAUGCAAUGUAUGCAUGAGAGGCUUUGCUCAGAAGUCUUCACUGAAAUAUCACCUAUCGUCUCGGAAAUGUUGUAACAGCUUCAGAAAUUGUACUCUGUGUAAUCAAACAUUUUCAGACUUUCAAAGAUUUGAAAUUCACAUGCGUGGCCAUGUUGGGAAAAAAACAUUUCAAUGUCUCGUGUGCAAUAGACAGUAUUAUCUAUUGGAAACAUUAGAGCGUCAUGUGGGAAAUCACCUUGUGGAUAGUACAUACGUUGUACUGAUGUCAGAAAGAAAAUAACAUCUUUCUAUCCUUCAACAGUUUCACAAUUUUGAGAACUUUUUAUCAAAUAAAUUGCCCUUUUAUUUUAUUAUUUUUUUGCAUUCAGAUUACUCUGCUGUGUAAAUAGCAUUACAAUAAACAUUAUGUUUUAAGAUCUCUUAUAAGAUUGUAUUAUCUUAGUUGAAAAGAGAAGCUUAACAAAGGAAACCGCUCUGGCUGCUUGGUAAACACUUCAAACAGUUGUCAUGAUGGUCCUGAGUUCAAACCCUGCCCACGCUGUCCUGCAGGAGCCUUGGGCUAGAAGAUUAAUGUAGGCCUACUGUGGACCAUUUCCUGCCUGAUGGUGUGGUAGGAGCUUUGGAAUGUCAUCACUACAGUCCCAAGAUUGAGUCCACCCCGCAGCGCCCCGCAGAAGGUCUGGCCUUGAACUUUGGGAUUGUGAGCGGCAAAAUGGAAGAUCAAGCACAAUUGAUGCCUGGUUCGACAGAUGUCUUCUUGUCUGCUGAUGCUAACUAUGAACAUUCAUCUCAUACGCCAGGUGACAUGGAAACAGUGGACACUGGAUGUCUCGUACAAGAGCCUGAUGCAGUUGGAGCAACCGAUAAUGGAUAUAUAUCACAAGUAUUGCAUUCUGUAGAAGUGGAAGUAUUUGGUGAGUUGUCUCAAGACAGCCAGCAACUUUUUUCCACUGAGGCAUUAAAAGUCACAGCUAAAUCAAAGAGCAUGGAUGAGACUGAACAAGAAAAACAAGUUGAAGAGCAGACGGAACACACGAAAAAACAUCCAGAGAGUAUCUCAACACAACAUUUGAAAAGCGAGGAACAUACAGUCAAAGAGACAGAACUUACAAAGCAACUUGGGAAUAUUAUCUCUUCUGAAAACACUGAAAAUAACAUUGACAGUCAUAGUUCCGCGGCUAAGAAAUUUACUUGUCCGGUUUGUGGAAAAAUAUUUUCUCAACUGUACAGGUUAAAACGGCACAGCAUAGUUCAUGCAAGAUCGCGGCCCUUUUGGUGUUCAAUCUGUAACACAGAAUUCCCUGGCAAAUCAGAGUUCGAUGAUCACAGAAAAUAUCACGCUGAAGAGAAACCGUUUGAAUGUUCAGUUUGCAAGGAGCGUUUUCGAUUUCAGCAUCACCUAAACCGACAUGGCUUGGUGCACCUUGAGAAAAAAUCACUUUAUUGUCCCACUUGUAAUAAAGAAUGCAAAACCAGAGAACGGCUAAGGAUUCACAGCCUGAUACAUACAGAUUUUCGUUUCCAGUGCCAUGUCUGCAAAAAAGAAUUUACCGAUCCCUCCUCUUUGAGAAAGCACAGGAAGACGAUUCAUGAAGGAUUAAGACCUUUUGAAUGUCUGGUCUGCCAUAAGAGAUUCAACAGCAGUACUCAUUUAAAGCAACACACAAAUGUUCACAUCAAAGAGGCUGAAAAAGGAACCAAGUCUCAAGAAGUGAGCUCUGCAGAAAUUGCUGACAGGGGACCUUUUUCUGUACAACCGUCAAGAAAAGGGGAUUCAAAUGUCACCGAAAAUUAUAUAACUGAAGUUAAUGAACAAUUCAAUGGUAACAGCAUUCGAGAAAAGUGUCAGCCUCUACCCAUGAAAACAAUUUCCGCUGAAAACUUGGAGCAUAAAGAUUUUAUCGACACUACUGGAGACAAACCGUUCAAAUGUCCAAUUUGUUAUAAAAAAUUUUCUUCCAUAGGGAACUUAAUCAACCACAGCAGUGGCCAUACCCUAGACAAACCUCACAGGUGUUUAAUUUGUGACAAAGGAUUUCCGGACCAGUAUAAAUUAAACAGACACCUCAUAGUCCACACCGACGCAAGGCCUUACCAGUGUUUAGUCUGCGGCAAACAUUUUAAAUUACAAAAGCACCUGAAAAGGCACGACACGAAAGUACAUGGCGACGGGAAGCCAUUCAAAUGUUCUGAUUGCAACGAAGAGUUUAGACAAUUGAGUGGCUUACAAUGGCACAUAGUGAAACAUGCUGAGGAGAGACCGUUUGCUUGUUUGGUUUGCAAUAGAAAGUUUAAAUCCAAGAGAUAUCUCAGAGAACACAAUUUAACUCAUACAGAUCGGCGUUUUAAAUGUGACAUUUGCGAUAAAGUGUACCGCGACCAUUGCGGCUUAAGGAGGCACAAGCGUAUUCAUGCCGGCUUCCGGCCUUUUAAAUGUCGUCUUUGCAAUAAGCAAUUUAGCAGAGGUUCACAUUUAAAACGGCAUGAAUCGACUCAUCUUCGGAAAGGAGAGGAUCUAAAUUCACAAAAGCUGGUAGCUGCGCAAGCGCUGACAAACAUGGAAUGUGAAUCACAGAAUACAAGUGUCUAUGGACAUCAUAAUGCACUACCAAUCACAGAAGGAAACAGUCAAGAAAGCAGUGUUGGUAACCGAUCUCUGAAUGGCAUGCCUAACCCUACUGAUACCACUCAACUAGACAGUGUUGAUACCAGGUAUAUGAAUAAUAAGCUUAGAACAAUUAAUACCAAUCAUUUCGACUGUCGAGGUGUCAGAGAUCUAAAUCACCAACAUGCUCCAAAUGAUUACAAUCAACAAGGCAGUGUUGACAUCAGAGGUCUGAACAGCCAAAUUUACCCAGUAGCUCUAUCUUGCAGUAUUCCUCAACAGAAGAUGUACGAUUGUGCACAUUGCAGCAAAAAGUUUUCGAACCCGAUACUUUUAAAAUUACAUGAUUAUAUUCAUACUGGCCAGAAGCUGUUUAAUUGCUCUAUCUGCAAUAAAGGUUUCAUGAAUAAAAAAAGACUAAAGACACACAGCCUGUACCAUACUGGAGUGAAACAAUUUUCAUGCCUUGUUUGUCAGAAAGGAUUUGUCCUCAAGUCAGAGCUAAGAGUGCACAGCUUAAAACAUAAAGAUCGUGACAACAUAGUCUUUAGGUGCCCUACCUGUAAUAAAGAGUAUUCAACUAGUUCUUCUAUGAAAGUGCACAGCAGGAUUCACGCUAAAGAGAAGUUCUUUGAGUGUCCAGUGUGCAAGAAAACAUUUGUCGCUAAGGAUUCUUUACAACGACACGAGACGACGCAUCUUGAUGAGGAAUCUGUGACUUGUCUUAUCUGUAGUAAAAAAUAUAAAUCCAGAGGUUCCUUGAGACGACACAAUCUGACCCACACUGGAGAGAAACCUUAUGAAUGUCCCGUCUGUAAGAAAAGAUUCUUUGAUCAUACUAGUCUAAAGGAGCACAAAAAUGUACAUCUUGAGGUGAAUCCCUUUACAUGCUCCACAUGUGAUAAAAGAUUUUUAUCCAAAAGAAAACUAGACAUUCACAUUAGGAAUCACACUGGAGACAAACCUUUUGAAUGUCUUGUUUGCCGUAAAAAAUUUGCUUCUACGUUACGCUUGAACUGUCAUAGCCGAGUACACCUCGUAGAGAAGCCCUUCAAAUGUCUCACGUGUGAUAAAGGAUUUAUAAGCAGGGCGGCAUCUCUAAGGCAUAAUAGGAUUCAUACGGAACAGAAAUCCGUUGAAUGUCCCGUUUGCCAGAAAAAAUAUUUCGACCCGAAAGAUUUAAAGCAGCACGAGAUAGUGCAUCAAAAAGAAAAACACUUGAAGUGCCAUUUAUGUCACAGAGAAUUCCCCACAAUCUACCGCUUAAGAAAUCACGCUAAAAUCCAUAUUGGACAGAAACCGUUGCAGUGCCUGGUUUGUAUGAGAAAAUUUUACAGAGUGAAAGAUUACGUUGAACACAGCUCGUCACAUUCUGACAGUAAGCCAUAUCAAUGCCCAAUCUGCCAUAAAGGGUUCAGUAGAAAUGAUCAUUUAGGGCAGCACGCUAAAGUUCACGUGCAAGAAGGCGUGUUGAAGUGUUCGCAGUGUGACAAAGAGUUUUUGUCCAGAAAAAGUUUAGCCUCACACUGCGGCAGUCAUACAAAGGCUCAAAGUCACGAGGGCAAACCCUUCAAGUGCCUGGUAUGCAACAAGCAAUUUGAUCAGAAGUCGAAAUUGACAAACCACAGCUUCUCCCAUGCGUUAAUAAAACCGUUACGGUGUCCAGUUUGCAAUAGAGGAUUCAGCAUGAAGUCAGAGUUAAAAUCUCACAUUUGGACUCACACUGGGGAGAAACGCUAUAAAUGUAGCAUUUGCCUGAAAGGGUUUGAAAAGAGAACUAGAUUUGUGAAACAUCAAUCAAUCCAUCAACGCUGGAGUAGCACCAUGCGUUGUCAUCUAUGCAAUCAGACAUUUUAUGACUUCAACAAACUUGAAACCCACAUUCGACUUCAUGUUGGAAAGAAAACAUUUCAUUGUCUCCUCUGUAACAAACAAUUUUGUCAGAAGUCCAGCCUUGAAGACCAUCUGAGGAAUCACACCAAGACAAGAAAACUGGCCAACCCAUCUUUUCACUUAGCAUCAAAGAUAUUUUUUGAUCCAGGUUAAACAGCUUUGGGUUUUUCCUAGGUUUUAGAAGCAUGUUGGUCUGGGUAAAAAAAAGCUAGAUCUUUGACUGUUCAGUAUUUCUAGAUUUUUGGAAGCAUUGCUAGUCCUUGUCAUUUAAUAAAACAUAUUCUGUGAAUGUUGGGUUUUCUAUGUUUUUUGAAGCAGUUGGUCUGUGCCACAAAAUUGUAUUAUGGACAAUACAUGUUUUUGUAAAGGUUUAUGUCAAGAUAUAUUACAUAACUAAAUAAAAAAGGCAAUAAACUGAAUAGACCUUAGAAGUUAUAAAUAAUUAUAAUAUUAUUUAUAAUUUGUUAACUACUUACAAUAUAAUUAGUCCACAAUAUAAUUGCAAUGCACUGUAAUCUAAAAAUCAGAUACAACUUUAACUAGUAGCUUUUAAAUACAAGUUUGUUAAAAUCUGUUGAAAAAUUAUUCUUUUUAUGUAAUUUUUUAAAAAUAAUUUAAAACCUUUUUUGUGCUUCUAUAAAAUGUAUAUAAAAAUGAUUCUAAAAUUAUAAAUUAUUAUAAAUUAUCUAUCAAUACCUAUAAAUAUCCAAUAUUAAUAUGCCAUAUUGUCAGUUAUAUUAGUUGUUGUUUUUAACUGCCCCCAAAAGGGAGAAAGCUGUUCUUAUUUUUGCAUGUACUGUCUAUUGAUUCACUUUAAAUUUAAAAACCAACAAGAAAUGGUAUUUAAAUUCCAAUUUCAUGACAGUUUGCAACUUUAGGUUGCAAUAAUCUUUUUUUUUUUUUUUAAAUGCACCUAAAAAAAACAUAUAUAUAUUUAUUAUUUCCUAUUAAUAAUACUAGUAUCUACUAAUACAAACCCUUUCACUAACCCCUUUUUUAUGCAAUAAUAGGGCAGACUGUAUUGGGAAAGGGAGAAUGCAUAUUUUAUAUUUUAACAAUCAUGCUUACAACCUAGUCAAAAUAAAUAAAUAAAUACAUAUAUCUGAGUAA